AUGACACAAGUGAUCAACUACAAUGCACUCAAUGAAUUUCUCGACAAUCAAACCGAUGAUAUUUCCUCGAUCUAUCAUUGGUAUGAAAAACUCUCAGAGUAUGAUCUCGAAGGUACAGAAUCUCCAGCUGAGUUGGACACAUUGUUCCAUGCAGUAAAAUUUCUAAUGAGUUUUUCGUUCACGGCAGCUGAAGAGUUGAGGGAGGUGGCAGAGCGUGAAGCAGCAGCCAUGGCCGAGAAAGAAGAGGCAUGGGAAGAACAGAAAAUUGUGCUGAAGGAAGAACUCGAUACACUUCGCGAAAGGAUUACGGUAUCGGCUGAAGCGGGAGAUUCAACUGAAGCAUUUCGUGCUCAAAUAGACUCUCUUCGGGAAGAAAAUCGUGAACUCGAAAAGAAUAAUCGUGAUAGAGACAGGGAAAUGGCCGAUUUGAGAGAUAGAUUUGAAAGCCUUGUUAGCAGAGCCGAUGUACUCACAAGAGAGCGCGAUGCACUGGAACAGCAUAGAAACCAAAUGGAAGACACAAUUCGAGAACUACAGCGGCGAAUUUCUGCGAAAAGCGAAGAGACGACAAAUGAAUGGGAAUCGCGCAAACUUCGCCAAAGGAAUGAGCAGGCAGUCACUUUGACGAAACAAAUGCAGGCUGUCGUAGUUCAAAACGAGGAAUUACGUGAAGAAGUUGUUCGUGUCGGUGAUGCACUCGAAGAAGCUACGCGAAUUAUCAACGAGAGCUCAGCCAGAUAUGCUGAACAGACAGCUCAGUACGAUGCGGCACGGAGAGAACUGCGAGCACUUUCUGAAGAAAAUGCUGUGAUGAGGGAAAAGCUGGACGCAAGCACUUCAAUGUUGGCGACAGUAGAAAGCGAGGCUAUGGACGUCGAACAAUCUACAGCCUCGAAACUGCGCGAGAUGACCGAAGUGAACAGAGACCUCAGAGAAGAACUCUAUGUCACACGGAGGGAGCUAGACGAACUACGCCAACUAGCCGACUCAAUGAAACAAGACGAAAAAGAAGCAGAGUUGGAGAAAUUGCGAGGCGAACUGAUUGAGGCUACAAAAACAGCUCGAACCCUUUACGGGGAAAUUACGUCAAAAACGUCCACUGAUCCUACAGUAGCCUUCCAACUGCGAAUUAUGCAACUUGAGUCCCAUUUGGAACAAUCGAACGAAAAGAUUGCGGCACAGAAAAAGACUAUCCAAGAACUGGAGGACACCUUGAUCAGCAAGGAUAAAAUACACGGAGAAGUUGCUGCUGAGCUCGAGAGGCUCAGGGAGCUCAAAUUCGGUGAUGCUCGUGAAGAAUUGAAACGUCUCACGACACAACUCGCUUUCCGAGACGAACAAAUAGCUAAGCUCACAAACCACUGUACUCUUUUGCAAGUGGAGUUGGGAGCCUACGCUGAAGGAACCCUAAAACCAUUGCCACGCACAUCUCAAGUGAAAAACAAAGUGCAAGAGACUCAAACCGACGGAAUUCGGCCAGAUGUUGUUCCCCAGGACGAAGGCUCGUCGACGAAAAAGAAACCAAGAAAACCGCUGAAGCAGAGGGAAACGAAAGAGAUCGAGGUGGAAAGGGAUGGAAGGGAACAACGUGCUGAAAUUGGUGUCAAAAGAGUAUUUGAUCAAGAUAUGUGGGAACAACAAGCUGUACUUAUGGUCACCUUAUAUUCGGAAUUAAUGCAAAUCAUGGAGGAGCAAGAGGAGAAACAAAAGCAAAUGGCUGAAAUGGAAAAAGUGCUGUUCAAAAGUCGAAGAACCAUGGAUGAUGCAAAAUCGCAAUUGCGGUCCGCUUUCGAAGAGAUCUAUCAACUGAAGAAAAGUGAAAACGAAGAUGUCGCAAAUAAUUCCGAAAAAGAAGAGCAUAUGGUUGAGCUUCUUGAACUUCAACGUUUCGCAUCCAGUAUCAAGAAAGGUGGAACAGAAGUGGAGAAACGCGCUGAAGAACUCACUAGAAAAUUUAUUACAGAGCAGAUUGAACGAGUUCGUUUGACGCGAACGACUACCAUACUCCGAAGGCGUUGCAACCGCGCCGAACAGGCGAUGCGUCGCGCACGAGAGAGAAUGGUGGCGAUAGAGACGCAGGCUGGAAAGAAAUGCGCACAGCUACAGUAUCAGCUGGACACAUCGCUGAUUGAUUUGGCACAUUGCCAAAACCAACUGGUAAGAUCGGUAUCGAUCGAAACUUACGAAAAGUUGGCUAUUCGCUUCAAAAAGGAAUGUGUCUCAGAAGUGUUAGGUACCGACAUUGAUGAGACAUGGAAAGAGAACUUGGUCUCGAUUUCUUCCCCAGUUGACGCUAAAACACAAGAACUCGAAGCAAAGAAUGCUUAUUUAAAGAAAAUCGUUGAAGUGAUCAGCGAACAAAAUGAUUUCUGGUCGAAAGAGACUGAAAUCCUUCAGAAUGAAAAUGAGGAGCUGAAACGAUUUGUUGAAGACAUGGAGAACGAGAGCGAUUUGAAAAAUAUCCUAAGUUCCAUUGAACAACGCCUUCUGGAGACGAUUCGAGAGCAGCAAGAAGGUAGACGUGAUCAUGAAAGAGCUUAUAGAAAAGCAAGAGAAGCCGAGGAAAAGCUCGCGUUAUGGCGGAGCGAAUGGUUGGCUCAACGAUCGCGCUUAGUCUUUGCGAUUCGGACACUUCAGUCAGCUCUAUCUAAUGCUCGCCUGAACUCCCUGAAUGGUCUUUCACUCAAUCAAAUCGAGUUGCUCAAGGCUAAAAUCCAAGAAGUCAAGGAGAAUGAGAUGAUAGCGGAGGAUGCCAAAGAGAAGGCACAAACGCUUCGCGAUGAACUUCAACAAAAAGUUGCUAUGCAAAAGGCAAGCCGUAAAGCUAAGGAUACGAUUGAAGAGGAAGACAGGAACAUUCUAAAGCUUGAAAGAAAGCUACAAGCAGUCUUCAGCAGUUUGGAAAUGCAGACAGUGAAAGCCGAGCGUUUGGACGUUACGCUUAAACUCAAAGACGACCAAUUGGCAGACCUCAAGAAAGAGCUUAUCUCGAUCGAAAAAGAAAAUGAAGAACUCUUGACAACCAUUGCAAGUGCAAAUCUUUGGAGCAAAUUUACCAAAGACACCGAAAUAGAUACCCAAGACAAAUCUAUAAUGGAAGAAAGCAAGUCAAUCUCCUUGGAAAGACCUCCAUCUUCACCUCUUCCUGAAGAGCCUCUGUCGAGCGGUGAAUCAGAAGCUACAUCAACUGAUUCCGAUGGAGGGGCGGUGAAGACUAUCCUUCAAGAUAACUCAAAAGAGUUUGAAAAACGUCUAGCCAAGAUGAAAGAAGCAGCUGAGCUAUGUAUUCAUGGAUAUAAGCAACAACUCCAACAAAAAGACCAAGCGCUUGAAAUGUAUCGUAAACUCGCAGAAGAGAAACUCUCUUCGAGACCACAGCCACCAGCUGAGAAGGAGAUUGUACGAGAAGAAGUGCGUGUGGUAGACGAACAGACCGAGGAGCGGCUGCGACAGGCCCUUGGAGAUGUGGCUAGAUUAAAGGAGGAAAUUGAAGAACUCGAAAAAGCCAAUCGAGCCCUAUAUAGGAAACGACGAAGAAGCAUUGUUCCUGUUGUUAAUACGGUGGAAUGUCAAACGGAUGUGAUCUUGGAAGAAGAAAAUGAAGCAAAGGAACAAACGGAAUUGAAGUCGAAACCUUCGUCGAAAACUUCACCAGCAGAUAGCGUUUCGUCAAAUGCGGAAAACAAAAUGGAAGCAGAAAGGAGAAGACUGAAGUCAGAAAUCAAACAACUACAGGGAAAACUGCGCAGAGUAACAGCAAACAAUAAGCAACUGGUGCUUGCUUGUGAGAAAAUACGAGAAGAUGCAAUGGCAGAAUUAGAAUCAAGAGUACCCAAACUCAAAGAAGCUGAUGAACAGGCACUGUUGAGGUUACGUAUGGAUCUUGAAAAAGCCAAAAAAGAAAAUCGACGCCUUCGCAAAAUCAUUGAAGACCAAAGAAAUUCGAUGGAUUCUAUCAAAAGAGACAAUUCACAGAAGAAGAGUGGAGAGGAUGAGGUUGCUCGCUGGAAUGAACGCAAAAAGCUAGAAGAGACUCUCAGUACCGUGCGAAAGAAGUUGGCGGACUCAUUGGAGCGAGAAAAGGGAGUCAGGGAGAAGCUAGCCAAGCGGGACAAAUUUCUGGAAGAUCUCAGACGCGACGAGGAGCAGCGGCAAAAGGAGUUGGAACGCAUACGGAAAAAAUUUGUUGAGCUUCAAUUCGAGAGGGAUAAAGCAGUGAAGGAGAAUGCGGAGGUUCACAUUCUACAGCAAAAGCUCAUCGAGGAAAGAGACAAAGCAACGCAAGAGAAUGCGGAAGUAUAUGUUUUACAAAAGAAAUUAGCCGAAGAAGCUGCCAAAUUGGAACAGAAUGAAAAGGAUAUUUUGUCGCUCUCCUCUCAACUAAGGCAACUCCAAGAGGAGAACUCUGCGCUUCUGCAAACCAUCGAAGAAGUAAAAGUGAAGCAGAAACAAAGCGAAAGAACUUCAUCUAAAACUACUUAUACCGUAACUGCGUCCCACAGCGCACAGACGAAGAGUGUCAGCUGGAAGGAGGAACUGAUCACAUCGUCGAAAACUACGCAAACUGCUUAUACUUCCCCGGUUGCGCAAUAUGAAGUUUUCAAAAAGAUCAAGAGGAGUAAGAAGGAUGCAGCGAUUGAGGCAGUGAUGCCAAGUUCCGGUGAAGUUACGGUACUUGUAGACGACAGAGCUGUGAAGCAGCUAGAUGAAACAAGAAGGAAGCUCACGCAGAUGGAAGACUUACUAAAUGAAGUGACGGAGAAGUUGAAAAACUGCGAAAAGGAGCGGCAACGGCUUGUAGACACCAACAAAUUGUUAAUCGAACAAAUAGAAUGUAGCGAAUUCGGAUCGCUUGGUGCUGUUAACGUCCUUGUUGAUAAACUGCAAGCCAAAGAUCGAGAAAUCAUUCAGUUGAGAUCUCAACUAAUCGAACUAGCAAAACUGCCACGAUAA